GAAUUGACAUGAACAUGAACUGAGAAUAAGUUUGAUCUCGUGAGUGGAGGAGGAUCAGUCAGUCAGGUAGGAGGAAAGGAGACGUUUGUCUUCUAAUGAUACUGUAAACAGAACCAUGUUGUCGUAUGAAGACGCUAAAGUGAAAUUAGACUCCGCUGGUCAGAGCCAUGUCCUGCGGUUCUGGCCCGAGCUUUCUGCUGAGGAGAGGGACGUGUUUCUGGGAGAACUAAGUCAGCUGGAACCGGCAGAGCUGCUGAGACACUGCAGGAGCGCCGCCGAGGCCGCGAGACGCACCCCGGGUGAUGGGGACCGGCUGUGCGCGCGCAUGGAGCCCGUAGAGCCCGAGUUCAUCGGUGGGGUCAAGAGAAGUGAUGCGAGCUCACUGCAGGACUGGGAGGAGGAAGGUUUCUCACAGAUAGCUCAAAACAAAGUAGCUGUGCUGCUGUUAGCUGGUGGCCAGGGAACCAGACUCGGAGUUCCAUAUCCUAAAGGGAUGUAUGACGUUGGGUUGCCGAGUGGGAAAACGCUGUAUAGGAUCCAAGCAGAACGGAUUCGAAAGGUGCAAAACCUGGCGAGCGAGAAAUGUGGCUCCAAAUGCACAGUGCCUUGGUACAUAAUGACCAGCGAGUUCACGCUGGAGCCCACAGAGAAGUUCUUCAAAGAGAACAGCUACUUUGACUUGGACCCUUCCAACGUGGUGAUGUUUGAGCAGAGGAUGAUCCCGGCUGUCGACUUCGAUGGGAAGAUUAUUCUGGAAAAGAAGAAUAAGAUUGCCAUGGCUCCAGAUGGGAACGGAGGCCUUUAUCGCGCUCUUGUGGACAACAAGGUCUUGGAGGAUAUGGAGAGAAGAGGCGUUCAGUAUCUUCACGUCUACUGUGUUGAUAACAUUCUGGUUAAACUGGCUGAUCCACUGUUUAUUGGUUUCUGUGUGAAGAAAGGAGCCGACUGUGGUGCUAAGGUGGUAGAAAAGGCGUAUCCAUCCGAGCCUGUGGGUGUAGUAUGUCGUGUAGAUGGUGUGUACCAUGUGAUGGAAUACAGCGAGCUGGACCCUGAGAUAACAGAGCAGCGCCACCCUGGGGGAGAGCUCGUGUACAACGCUGGAAACAUCUGCAACCAUUUCUUCACCAGAGACUUCCUAUUGGAGGUGGCCCUGAAUUAUCAGGACCAGUUGAAGCAGCAUGUAGCCAUCAAGAAAGUGCCGUUUGUGGAUGAAGAGGGUAACUCUGUCAAACCUACAAAACCAAAUGGAAUAAAAAUGGAGAAGUUUGUCUUUGACGUCUUCCAGUUUUCAAAGAAGUUCGUUGCGUUUGAGGUUCUGAGAGAGGACGAGUUCUCGCCACUGAAAAAUGCAGAUGGGGCACCUGUUGACACUCCGACCACAGUGAGGCGCUCUCUGCUGGCUCAGCACUAUCGCUGGGCAGUGCAAGCCAAGGCCGUCUUCUUGGACGAACAUGACAACCCCAUCACUUCCGAAUACAGGCAGGCUCAGGAUGGUGAACCUCCAGCAGUGUGUGAAAUUUCUCCACUUGUGUCUUAUUUUGGAGAGGGCCUGGAGAAGCUUCUCGGACAAAGGAAACUGAAAUCCCCUUUUCUGCUUAAUGACUAAUGUUCAGAAUUAAAUUCAUACUUCAGAUUCUUUUCUGACCUCUUUAAAUUUAGUCAAAUGAAGGGAUCUGAAACAUAAGACACUGCCAGAACAAGGGGUAUAUUUUUAAUAUAGUCCAUGUGUUUACAUGCAUUAUUAUACAAUCAUGACUUUUGAAAGAUAAACUUUAUAUAUCAGUAAAAUGAACUGAAAGCAAAGCACUCUGACUUGAAUAAAUGAUCUAUUAUAUAUCA